AUGAACGGCAACAGUGAUGACACUCGUAACUUCAUUCUGCCACCACCGGCGGGAUCAAGCGCUAGCGAUGCUACGGCGGCUACGGCUACGGCUACUUUCCAGGGGCGGCACGUGGUAGGAGUGGGCGGUGAUGGCGUCCUCAAGCAGAAAGUAAGAAGAAAGAGUAGUAAAGUAAACCACAUAGGAAUGGGGGGCGCCAGUACAAGCAGCAGCAGCAAGCAGCCGAAAUAUCCAAAGAAGCCGCCGCUGACGCCGGACCCGGACGCACCGAAGAUCGCCAGGCCGUGUAGCGAGUGCGGUAAGAAGUUCUGGUCAUGGAAGGCCCUGUUUGGUCACAUGCGCUGCCACCCGGAGCGGCAGUGGCGCGGCAUUAAUCCUCCCCCAAAUUUCAGGCGAUCUUCUCCUUCUCCAUCACAGCAUGACCCGCCCCGGCAACACUGCUACGACGCGUCCAGUAGUUCCAGUACAUGGCCUCAUCAUGAUAAUGAUGAUGAAUGUGGGCUAGGGCUAUCAUCGCCCCCCUCCGGUGGUUACUACUAUUAUUAUUAUUCAGAAAAGAUGGGAGGAGGAGUAGGAGGAGGAAUGACGGAGGAAGAUCACGAGGUUGCCGCAUGCUUGUUACUGCUGGCCAAUAAUGCUGUGCCUUCGGGUGAUCCGCAACAGGCAGCGGUUGGAUUAGGUUUUGGCAUUAGCUGCUGCAGUAGGAACAGUACUAAUGGAGGAGGAGGAAGAGGAACAAUAAGAGAAGAAGAUAAUGAUGAGAUGAUUAACAUACACAAUCAUCAUCAUCGUCACACUUGUAGCAUCUGUUCCAGAGUUUUCUCCAGUGGUAGAGCCUUGGGUGGACACAAGAGGUUCCACUGCAGGGAUAACAAGUUUAGAGGAGGAGGCAAUAAUCACAAUAUUCAUCAACCUCCCAUCCUCUGCUCUUCUUCUUCUACCAAUAAUUAUUUGGACUUCAACUUGAACUUGGUGCCAACACCAACACCUACACCUGCUACCCACCACCAGGAUCAUUCUCCUUCUAGCUCUGCUGUCCCCCUGGGCCCCACUUUGGAUUUAAGCUUGGGACUUUGA